CCACUCAGCUCAAACCCCGGCCGCCGCUCAAGCUCUCGCACACAGGGUUUAGAGACUGUCCUCCCACCUCCGGCACACGUCAAUGUCAGCAAGCAGGUAGACCUCCACGGGUCCUCCAACAGCGCUCCAAUGGCUGGUGAGCAGUCGAGUUCCAACAGUUCCUCCUACUACCCGAACGAGGCGGCGCGGGUGAGCCAGAUGGUGGUGACGGUGGUGGUUUUCUUGGUGGGCGUGACACUGAACGGCCUGGUGGUUUGGGUGCUAGGUCUGCGCAGAGUGCGACGUGGUGGAGUUACAGGAGGUGAAACUCAGGGUGCUGGAAGCUUUAGAGUGUACGUAGUGAACCUGGCGCUGGCGGAUCUGGUGCUCCUGUUGCGUACGCCACUGAUGUUGGGUUACCUGGCUCACCAAUUCAGCUGGCCCUUUGGCACAUCCGUGUGCCAGCUGGUCAUGUUCCUGCGCUGCCUGGGACUGUAUGCAGGAGCAUUUUUGCUGAGUGCCGUAGCGCUGGAACGCUGCCUGUGCUUGCUUCGGCCUGUCUGGGCCCGACUCAGGCGCCCACGCUGGGUCGUUCCCCUCGUCUGCGCUGUGCUGUGGAUUGUAGCCGCUGCCUUGUCCAUUCCCUACAUCACAGUGGCCGGAAUUAUAGUCUGGGAGAACCGGGCGCAGUGCAUGGAGAAUGUGGCAGGAAAUGGUACCACUGCCCUGAUUGUGCUAGAAACUGCAGUAGGUUUCCUGCUUCCAUUGGUGGUUUUCGUAUCCUGCAACCUUGCGGUAAUCUUUUUCGCCAAAAGAGCUGACCAAGGGCAGCUGACACCCACCUCGCCCGUCUCCUCUCCCACCUCCCCUACUGGAUCUGUGUACACCUCGCAGAGGCUGGGCCGCCUGUACCGGAUUCUUUUCCUCACUAUGCUCUUGUUCCUCACCUGUUGGGUACCUUACUUCAUCUUUCGCUUUCUGAAGGCACUGGCUAUCAGUAAGGGUUGGAAUGAACUUAAACAGAGGGCCCUAACAGGUGGAUACGCAUCACUGUUCCUGGUGUACAUAAAAAGUGCUGUCAACCCAAUACUAUAUGCAUUCGCUGCACGUGGACUGCGUCGUACCGUCCGCGACUCAUUAUUCUCAACAAUCGAGCGGAUCUUCAACGAGGACAUGUCAGAGUCCCUGCGAAGGAAGUCCUUACGGAGAAGAGACUCGCAGUUCUGAUAAACUGCUGACCACAGACAGUUCUGAAAUGUUACGGAAAGUGAAACUUGUUCUCAACAGCAAGUCUUUCCAAGGAAAUCUUAGUUCAUGGAGUACAUAAUAUAGGGUUCUAAAGGUCACCAUCCCUGCUCCUGAAGAACUGCUCUCCUGCAGGGUACACCUCUAUCCCAAAUCUGAGAACGCCAAGUCCAGUCUUGAAAGUUCCUUAUUUCACAGACAAUUGUCAGUGAUAUUAUAACAAAGUGGAAGCGACUGGGAACAAAAGCAACUCAUCAACCCUGUAAACAUAAAAUGAUAGUUAUGGACACCGUGGCAGCUUAAUUUUGAUUCUUUUUGUACAAGAAUCGUAUCUAAAAUCCAGAGUUAGGUUAGUGCGGGGUUCCAAGAAGAGCACCGAAGUUUAGAUACUGAUGCAAACCUUGAUACGACAGCAACCUUGUGCUGUCCAGAGAGGCAAAUCCUAUAUGAUCACUCACAAAUAAUAGUGCAGACCCGAAACAAAUACAAAUCCGAUUCGACCGACCCAGAAGCUGAAUCCUGGAGGGUGAAGCUGAAGUCUGCUAGAAGGUUGCUCUCCAGGUGCAGGACUGGUGCUUCCUGAUACAGAAAGUUAACAGGUAUAAACCACAAGUGUUAACUAUGGACCAUUUCACCUCAUAUGCAUCACCAUCCUUCUUUAAAACUCAUAGCCUUUCUCAGAAGAGGAAGCUAUUUGAUUUCAUCACUGGAGAGCAAUGCUGCAAGACCAUUGCUCAAACGAAAUGUAAAGGACAUCCAGUAAAUGUUUUUGGGGAAAAGAAUAAAUAUGUGGACAUGUUUGUGUAAAUAGCUUAAUAGCAUUUCAAUUUAUUUCUUUUUUUUUUUUUUACAUCGAACAAGCAAAACAUUAUGACCACUUCUUUGUAUCUACACUAUUUAUCCAUCUCGUCAGCUCCGCUAAUCAUGUAGGAGCACUUGUAGUUGUGGUUGUAUAAUAAUUACAGACUGUAGUUCUGUUUCUGUUUCUCUGUAUACUUUAUUAGCCUUCUUUCACCCUUUUCUUCAAUACUCAGGACCCACAGGAGAGAAAACCACCACAGAGCAGCUGUUAUUAUUAUUAUUAUUUGGGUGGUGGGUCAUUAUUCUCAGCACUGCAGUUAUUAGCACUGAUUAGCAUGGUGGUGGUGUAUGAGGUGUUAGUGUGUGUUGUGCUGGUGGUACAGUGAGUGGAUCCGAUACAGCAGUGCUGCUGGAGAUUUUAAACUCGUUUCUCUCUGCUGCGCUGAGAAUAGUCCACCAGCAACAGCAUCCUGUGGGCGGCAUCCUGUGGGCACUGAUAAAGAACUAGAAGAUUAACCACAAACACCUGUGCAGCAACAGAUUCAAAUCUUCUGUCUCUGACUUUACUUUAUCUACAGGGUGUUUCAGCUGUAGGUAGGAGUGUGUAAUAGAGUGGAGGACAAUGAGAGAUUAAACACAGUGUUUAAAAACUCCAGCAGCACUGCUGCAGUAUCUGAUCCACUCACUGUACCACCAGCACAACACACACUAACACCUCAUACACCACCACCAUGCUAGUGUUAUCACAGAACUGCGAAGGACUCCUGUAUACAAAGAUACAAAAUGGUAAAAGAGUGUAAAAGCAGGGAUAUGGUCAUAAUGUUGUGCUUGAUCUGGGUAUAUUACAAUGAUUUGAUUUAUUAUUUGAUGUUUAAUUCCCAUGCAGAGCUAAAAACAGCUAAAAGAGAGAGCUAAUACAGCUGACACACAGCAAGUUUGAGUUAUUUUCAUUUCCUGUAACAGUGGUUUAGUAGUCGCGUCUUCUCACACUGUCAGCAUGUGUGUUAUCUUGUUGAGUGAGUGUUUAAGUCUGAUAAAACAUACAGUGUGUGUGUGUGUGUGUGUGUUUGUGUGUGAACUCUCUUGGCUUUGGUGCUGUUCUAGCAUUUUCCGUUUUAUAGACAAUAAUGUUCGGCCGCUGGAAGAUGUUACUACUUCAACAUUGCAACCUUUUAAUUAGAGAUGCUCAGAAAUCAACAUGUUUGGUCCGAACUGAACAAAAAGAAACAUUUGAUUGAAGGCUGAAUUCCAAAAUAAUUUUUCACAGGUUUUCUAUAAUUUUGCCACCUUUUUGCACCACUAAACAAAAUAAACAGCGUUAAUGUAUUUUUCAUGUCUCAUUUUUCAAAUAAAACAAAAUGUAUUUGUUGAAUACAGCAGCACAUAACCCAACAGAUAAACCAACAGCAUACUAAGCAGUGCUAUUCUAAUCAUAAAUGUACUAUGGUAGUGCCAUUAUAAUUAUACAUUUACCUCAGCUGUGCUAUUUUAAUAAUAAAUGUAAUCAUAAGUUUAUCUCAGCAGUGCUAUUCUAACAAUAUAUUUAAUUCAGCAGUGCAACUCUGAUCACAAAUUUCAUUCAGCAGUGCUAUUCUAAUAAUAAAUGUACUUCAGCAGUGCUAUUCUCAUCAUAUAAUUACUUCAGCAGUGCUAUUGUAUUUAUGUCAGCAGUCCAAAUAAUGAAUUUACUUCAGUAGAGCUAUUAUAAUAAAUUUACAUUAGUAUAGCAAUUCUGCUCAUAGAUUUACCUUUAUAAUAAAUUACUCAUACGGUAUAUAAGAUUUAGUCUUUCUCUUUCAUUAUAAUUUUGAUUGCCAAUACUAAUCAGAAUUAGUAUUAUUAGUAUUCUAGACUCAAGAUGAUGGACUAAGGCGCACAUUGCAAAGCAGAUGCAUUCUGCUGGUAAAAAAAAAGAACUUCUCAGGGAAACAAAAUGUGCGAUAAAUACGGGAACCCUGCAAGUGUGAUCUUAAACUACCACUCUAACCAAAGUGUUAAAUGUACAUAUAGCAAGUUCUGCCUCAUUAGUCAGUGAGAAAACACAAAGCUGACAAGGCACAAUUCUUGUGAAAGCAAUUCAAUUAGUAUGAUGGUUAUUGAAUAUGCUGAAAUUGUAUUAAUUUAUUGGAAACAUAAGAGAUGAGACAUUUAAAGUGUGAGUCUGCAUCAACCCAGAUUAUGGCACAACAAUGUACAACAGGUAAAAAGUUUUAUUUGAAAAACAAACAAAAAAAAUACAAAAGUGGUCGAAAAAGCAGAAGCAUAAUACAGUUUGUUACAAACACACAAAGAAAAGGGUGAAAACUGCUAAUCAUAAAGACAUGUUCUACUUUUGACAGCCUGUAUUUGAAUUCUCUAUGUAAAAACAUGUAUUUUGAAAUAAAUACUCUCUAUUUUGUUUAAAAUCUGUCAUUCAUUGCAUCAUUAAUCUUAGUAUGCAGUAUGGUGAUGGAAUUAUAAGCAAAACGUAAUUUGACUCCACUAAAGAAAAGUAAUUACACAGCACUGCCCAAAGCCUCUGUAGUCUUAGAAUGAGUCAACAGCCCAUCGGCCUGCUUGUGUGCCAACUCCAGAAAAGCGUUCGUGUUCCUCAUUACUCUACAGUUCUGAAGAGUCUUCAUGACGGCUUCGGGAUUGGGCACCAUGUUCAUCAUCUGCUCCUAAUGGCACAGUUAUAUGUUAGUUAACAGUUUUUUAACUAACAAUUAUAUUACUGUCAUUUUGACCAUGUAAACAGACUUAUACAUCACGCAAAAAUGUAAAAAAAAAAAAAAAAAAAAAGAAAACAACUAACAAACAAACAACAACAAAAAAACCUUUAGGUUUAAGUUUUGCAAUUAGUCAAAACAGUUAUUUAUAUUAAACAAUGACUAAAUUAUCUAAAUUCACAAUGCAGCAUUUUCUCUAAUGUAAUGUUUUUUUUUUGCAAUGGUAGCAGGUAAAGGUAUGAUUAGAAUAGCACUGCUAAAGUUAAUGUAUGACUAGAAUAGCACUGCUGAGAUAAAUGUUUGAUUAGAAUAGCACUGCUGAGGUAAAUGUUUGAUUAGAAUAGCACUACUGAGAUAAAGGUUUGAUUAGAAUAGCCCUGCUGAGGUAAAUGUAUGAUUAGAAUAGCACUGCUGACGUAAAUGUAUGAUUAGAAUAGCACUGCUGAGGUUAAGGUUUGAUUAGAAUAGCACUGCUGAGGUUAAUCUUUUAUUAGAAUAGCACAGCUAAGGUAAAUGUUUAUUAGAAUAGCACUGCUGAGAUAAAUGUUUGAUUAAAAUAGCACUGCUGAGGUAAACGUAUUAUUAGAAUAGAACUGCCAAAGUAAAAUUUGUGAUUGAAUAUCACUGCUGAUAUAAAUGUACAAUAUAAACAGCCCUGCUGAAGUAAGAUAAUGGUUAGAAUUGCCUUCUAAAGGUAAAGUAUUUUGUUGUGUCUGUUGAGCCAAUAAAUAUUUCUUAAUUGUAGCUUAAAUAAAUAAAUGCAGUAAUCAAGCUUAAAGUGAUUGAAGUGUUUCCAGCUCUAACUAAAGGAAAAAUCUUGCAUUAAAGGUUUAGAAAUACGUUUUAUAGUUUUAUAAAUAAAUUCCUUCAAAAUUAUUACACAAUUAAUAUGACAAGAUGUGUGUCCUGUUUUUGUCCUGAUGUACAUUUAACUUACAUUUACGACUGAACUUGCACUGCUGAGGUACAUUUUUGAGUAAAAUUGCACUGCUGAUGUAAAUUUGUAACUAAAAUUGCACUGCUGAUGUAACUGUAUGUCUAAAAUUGUGCUGCUGAGGUAAAUUUGUGACAGAAAUUGCACUGUUGAAGUAAAUUAAUAAUUAGAAUAGUAGAUCAAAGGUAAAGAUGUGUCCUGUUUUCUCAUUAACUGAUGACAAAUUAAGAAGAUAAAUGGUCAAACUUGUUUAGAUAAUUCAAACAAACAGAAAUGUAGACUGGUGAGUUGUUUUUGCACUCAUGAAUAAAUUAAUUUGAUAAACA